AUGUACCGAGUUCUCAGCAUAAUUCCAUCAAGCUCUUGCCUCUACGUCGCAAAAGCCACACAGCGUGAAGAAGAAUUUGAUCUUGGCACGAUAAUCUUUAAGGUUGGUAUGGCCUUAUCUUCAUCUCUAAAGCUCGCCAAGACAAGCUUGCUAAACAUUGCAGGGGUUUUCUCUCCAAAUCUUGAAUUCUCAGAGGAAAAGAUUGAACUGACAUUUGCUACAAACUUUUUAGGACAUUACUUAUUAACAGAAAUGCUGAUAGAGAAAAUGAUAGAUACGGCUAAGAAGAGUGGAAUCGAAGGGCAAAUCAUCAACCUUACUUUCAGUGAUUCAUACUUGGGUCUAGCCUGA